UACACAAACUUUAAUUUGCGCAUGCUCAGUUUAUUUGAAAUACUGAUCGACUCGUCAACGUAGUGAACGUAAGUUUGUCAAAAAACAAGUUUCGAAAUCUUCAGUUAAGAUGAGUGUCUCGGAGAUAUGCGAGAACACCAAGAUUGGGCGAGAGUACGCCCUGCUCGGCAACUACGAAACCUCGUUGGUUUACUAUGAGGGCGUGCUCCAGCAGAUCCAGAAACUGCUGAUCAACAUUAGGGAACCAGAGCGCAAACACCAGUGGCAGAAGGUCAAGCAGGAUCUCGCACAAGAGUACGAGCACGUCAAGGACAUCAGUAAGACCCUCAAUAACUUUAAGACAGACCAAAUUGAGCCUCCAAGCAGUGCCCCUGCCUACAGGCAGCCAGCACCCUACUCCAAGCCACAGGAAGCCCCUAGAGACCCUGAUGUGUGGCCCCCACCAACACCAGUAGAACACAGACCGUCUCCCCAGUACCAACGAGGAGCCCGUAAGGAACCUCCUCGUCGCUCUGAGCCAAGCAAGCCAUCCAGAGGUGGACCGGCCCGAGACCAGCCACGCCCUUCAGGCGGGCGUGGCCCGUCCUAUGGCGACAAGAGGAACGAUGGGCGAGGCAGAGGUGGAGGAGGCAGGGACGACAAGAAAGUCAACAGGAAAGAUCGGGAUGCAAAGGGUUCGCCUGAGGAAGGUGACGAGAAGAAGUUUGACCCUUCUGGUUAUGACAAAGACCUGGUGGAAAAUCUGGAGCGAGACAUCGUACAGAAAAACCCAAAUGUCCACUGGACUGACAUCGCCGGCCUGACUGAAGCCAAGAGACUCCUUGAAGAGGCCGUGGUGCUACCUCUCUGGAUGCCAGACUACUUCAAGGGAAUACGCAGACCUUGGAAGGGUGUACUCAUGGUUGGGCCCCCCGGUACCGGCAAAACUCUCUUGGCAAAAGCCGUGGCCACCGAGUGCGGAACCACGUUCUUCAACGUGUCCUCCAGCACCCUAACAUCCAAAUGGCGCGGGGAGUCCGAGAAACUGAUGCGCUUGCUCUUUGAAAUGGCCCGGUUCUACGCGCCCAGCACCAUCUUCAUUGACGAGAUAGAUUCCAUUUGCAGCCAGAGGGGUUCCAGCUCUGAGCACGAGUCCAGCCGGAGGGUGAAGGCAGAGCUUCUGAUUCAGAUGGACGGUGUCACUGGAGCCACAGGUGGCGACGACGCUACCAAGACGGUGAUGGUCCUUGCAGCUACCAACUUCCCCUGGGACAUUGAUGAGGCACUGAGACGUCGACUGGAGAAGAGAAUCUACAUCCCACUACCCUGCUCUGAGGGUCGGGAGCAGCUUCUACAGAUCAACACCCGCGAAGUGCCUCUGGAAGACGGCAUCGACAUGAAGGAAAUUGCCACGAUGCUGGAGGGUUACUCAGGCGCUGACAUCACCAAUGUCUGCAGGGAUGCCUCCAUGAUGGCCAUGCGUCGUCGCAUCCAGGGCCUACGUCCCGAGGAGAUCCGCAUGAUCCCCAAGGAGGAGCUGAACCUGCCGACCUCCAAGGAGGACUUCAACGAAGCAAUCAAGAAGGUUAACAAGACAGUGGGCAAAGACGACUUGGUCAAGUACGAGAAAUGGAUGAACGAGUUUGGAUCAGUGUAAAAUCAGCUGUUAGUAGUCAGUUUUUGGACGGAGAGGGGUAUUUUAUUUGUUGGAGGUUUUUUUUUUGGAUAUGACCGGCACAUUGCACAUUGGCCCACUGUUUAGGAUUUAAUUUAUUCAAUACUCAUAUGUUCCGUUAUUUUAUUUUGUAAUCGAUUUCAGUUUAUCAAAUUUGAACAUAUUUUAUGACUAGAGCAAUAUAAAAGACUGAAUGUUCAUGAAAGUUUCCAUCACAACAACUUUGCAAGUCCAUUUUCCCCAGUAAACUUUUGUUCCGAAAGUUUUUGCACAAAAAAAAUCUUGGUUUACUUAUGCAUGUCCUUUGCUAAGAAAUGUAAUUUAAAAAUACAUUUCUUUAAAAUACAUUUUUAAAAACGAAUAUGACAACUUUAUAUCUAUUUCAUGACAUCCAGGGCAUAAGGCCAAAAAAAAAAAGUCUCCGGUUUC